CCAUGCAACCACUCCUCUACGCUGAAGUACUGGGAUCUGGUUCGUUCGCCUCUCCGUUUCCUUCACUUCUUCGAUUCGCUGACAUUCCCUCCAUUCAUUCACACACACAGAGAACAGAUAAAAGUGGUAUUUUCAUUUUUGAAGCCCUAAACUAAACUGUGAGAACUUAUUAGAAUCAAUCAUCUGAGAAGCAGAAAGAAAAUGGCAAAUCAAGGCGCAAAGAAGCGGAAGGAAGAGAACUCCCGUCACAUGGCUAACCUCCGUCGCCUCAUCAUCGCCUGUAACGUUAUUUAUGUGUUGGUGAGGUUGGUGAUUUUCCAUUCCAGUUUCACGUGGAAACAUUGGAUUGGUCUGAUUUUGACAUCUGUGGCCUAUUUUAUACCUUAUCGACAACUUGCUGCUAUGGCCAGCCCUGCUUAUGCUGACGACGGUGACCUUCUUGAUGGUGGAUAUGAUAUGAGCACUGGUGGGAUUUGUGGCUAUCUACACGAUGUUAUCUACAUUACGAGCUUUGUGCAGCUCAUGUCCAUCAUAUCUGGAAAGUUUUGGUACACAUACUUGGUGAUACCAGCAUUCGGAGCUUACAAAUCUUUUGGAUUCUUCAGAGGAUUUUUAUCAAAUGGUUCAGAGGAAGGUGCUGAGGAUGAAAAAACCCGCAAGAAGAGGGAAAAGUUGGAGAAGAAAGCUUCACGAGGAAAGUUUGUCAAGACAAGAACUAGAUAAGUUACACGAUUGAAAUUAGUUAAACCUGACUCAUAGGUGAAGUUGGUUCUUAUAAAAUGGAGGUUGCUUGCCAAUUUUAGACAAUUAUGAGAAGUUUGGCAAUCUGGUGUAACUCGAGGAAAUUCAUGAUAUAAUACAAGGAUGAAUUUGUUUUUCUUUUCCUUUUGGAGAAAGGGAAAUGUUGAUGUAA